UUUCUUACUCUUUCAAAUCAACAGACUUUUUUAAAAAAUGAAUUUCUGACCAUCAUAAAGUUUAUGCUAUUAGGGCUACCAAGGCAUUUUUUCUAAAUUUAACAGCAUAAAUGAUUAUGUUCCCAAUCCAUUUUUAAAAACUGUGCCCCUUUCCAUUACCAAAUUAUAUCUUUAUGACUUGGACAGUAGGUUAUUUUCAUGUUACUUUUCUUGAGAAAAAAGUAUCUUCAUUCCUUCAUUCCAUGCUUGUGAGGUUCCUCAUAUCUAGGCCAAGAGCCAUGGUCCCAGAAUAGAUAAGGCCUGAAUUCCUCAGGAUGUUGUUUACAAGACAGAAUGUGCCAGACCCCACACAAAUUUCAUUUUCUCUUUUCUCCCAAGAGAAUUUUAAAUUUAAAAUAGAACUGCCAAGCACCUAGCAAGCCUAUUUAAGAGAUUAUACUUGAAAUAUGGCUCAGAGUGACUUCCUCUACCCAGAUAACCCAAGAAGAAGGCAAGAAGUCAACCGUCUUCACCAGCAGCUUCUUGACUGCUUAUCUGAUAGCUUCCAUGCCACCAAUAAGCUGAUUGGGGUUUUAAACACGCACUUGGGGUGCAGCCUGGCCUCUAUUGAGAUGCAGCGAAAUGGGACCAUCAAGGAAAACUGUGAUAUCAUCAUCCAAGCCAUGAUGAAAAUCCAAAAAGAAUUGCAAAAGGUUGAUGAAGCACUAAAAGAUAAACUAGAGCCAACCCUUUACAGAAAACUUCAGGAUAUUAAAGAAAGGGAAACAGAGAAAAUUGCAAUAGUACAAAAGGUCAUUUCAGUCAUCCUGGGAGAAGCUACUUCCGCAGCCAGUGCAGUGGCUGUGAAACUUGUGGGCUCAAAUGUCACAACUGGCAUAAUUAACAAGUUGGUCACUGUGUUAGCUCAAAUUGGAGCUUCUCUCCUCGGUAGUAUAGGAGUUGCUGUUCUUGGCCUUGGCAUAGAUAUGAUCUUCCGUGCUAUCCUGGGAGCAGUGGAGAAAACACAGCUUCAAGCAGCCAUUAAAAGUUAUGAGCAGCAUCUGGUGGAAUUCAAGUCAGCUUCGGAAAAAUAUCAUCAUGCCAUUACUGAAGUCACCAACACAGUGAAACACCAAAUGAAAUAAACAGCCACUGUGCUUCUUCUGCUUCUCAA